UCACAAACAUUCUCCAGCAGUCGGACAGGAAAAAAGAGACAUGUUGGAGGCUAGCAGGGCUGCCGACCCGCACAUCUAGACGGGGGACGGCCACCCUUUCCUAGAUGGGCUACCUCUCCCGAAAUUGGAGGGAGAAACAUUAGAACAGUGUAGCUCUCACCUGGACACGACUUGAUAUUCGUGGAUGUUCAUUUGCGGGAGUCAGUUGACGUUUAAAAAUGUGGGAGAUGGUGGCGUUACCGAGGGGGAGCUCUCCCUUCCUGUCGUCUAGGACAAGAUGGCAGCAGUGCAGGCGAACUGUGCAUGCAAUGGAUUUAUAAGUCCAUAACAUGUUCAGAGAAGCCCUGGAUUAUAUUUAUAGAGACUCUAUGUGAAGGUAUGGCCUCACAAGUCUUGGUUUACCCACCACACAUUUAUCAAACCCAGACAAGUGCCUUUAGCAGUGUGAAGAAACUCAAAGUUGAGCCCAGCAGCUGUGUGUACCAUGAGAGGGCACAUCCGCGGACUUAUCUGAACAGGCGAAACCUUGGCAUUGUGCACCCGACAAAAGCUCGCUCGUUCUUGUGCCAAGACCUGACAGCGAAAGUGUUUGGAGGACCAGAGUACCCAGUGAAGACCGUGGUGGUGCGUGGUGUCCAAAGACAACAGCCCGGGAAAAGAGGUGGAGGGUCAGGUCCAGCUGCUGUCCAGCAGCGGCAGGCCACAGGGGUUCUCCACAAGCAGGACAAGGAGCAGCAACAGCAGACAGACUCAGCAAGUGGGGGCAGCAGUGGAGCAACAGGAGCAGGAGGAGGGGGAAGGGGAGAGGGCUGCAGUGGAGGAGGUGAGGGAGGUGGAGAGAAGGAGGAGGGUGACACAGAGGCAGACUGUGGAGGUUUGAACUCGGCUGACAGCUCUCAGCGAUGUGGACAGAAACGUAAAAGUGAGGAGCUGGAUAAUCGUGGGAGCACCAUGCAGAUUGUGGAGGAACUGUCAAUGUUGCCCGCCAUGUUGCAAACAGCAAAUGUAGGAAAUGCAGCAGCGACUGCACCUGCGGCCGUGGGUGCUGGAGGAGGGCCUUCCAAACAGGUUGCAGCUGGGGGAGCGGGAGGAUGCGAUGGGGACUAUCAGGUCGUGCAGCAUGAGGUUCUUUGCUCACUGAAGAAUACUUACGAAGUGCUGGAUUUCUUGGGACGUGGCACGUUUGGCCAGGUUGUAAAGUGCUGGAAAAGAGGCACAGGUGAGGUAGUGGCCAUUAAGAUCCUGAAGAACCAUCCUUCAUACGCUCGACAGGGUCAGAUAGAAGUAGGCAUCCUCGCACGUCUGAGUGGGGAGAACGCAGAUGAGCACAACCUGGUGCGAGCCUUCGAAUGCUUCCAACACCGCAGCCACACCUGCCUGGUGUUUGAGAUGCUUGAGCAGAACCUCUAUGAUUUUCUGAAGCAGAACAAGUUCAGCCCGUUGCCAUUGAAAGUGAUCAGACCUGUGCUACAGCAGGUGGCCACUGCUCUGAAAAAGCUGAAGAGCAUGAGUCUCAUUCAUGCAGACCUCAAACCUGAGAACAUUAUGCUGGUGGAUCCAGUGAGGCAACCCUACAGGGUGAAGGUGAUAGACUUUGGCUCAGCCAGCCAUGUGUCCAAAGCAGUCUGCUCCACGUACCUCCAGUCUCGGUACUAUAGGGCUCCAGAGAUUAUUUUGGGUUUGCCAUUUUGUGAAGCCAUAGACAUGUGGUCCCUGGGCUGUGUGAUAGCUGAGCUUUUUCUGGGCUGGCCUCUUUACCCCGGGGCCUUGGAGUAUGAUCAGAUCCGCUACAUUUCUCAGACGCAAGGUUUGCCCGGAGAGCAGUUAUUGAAUGCAGGGACCAAGACAACACGUUUCUUUUGCAGAGAGUCUGACUCACCUUAUGCAUCUUGGAGACUAAAGUCUACAGAUGAGCAUGAGGCCGAGACGGGGAUGAAAUCAAAGGAAGCGAGGAAGUACAUCUUCAGCUGUUUGGAUGACAUAGUGCAUGUGAACUUGGUGAUGAAUCUGGAAGGUAGCGAUUUGCUCGUGGAGAAGGCAGACCGCCGGGAGUUUGUAGGCCUGCUAAAGAAAAUGUUGCUGAUCGAUGCAGAUGAGAGGAUUGCCCCCGCUGAAGCUCUCAGUCACCCAUUUGUGACAAUGCAGCACCUGCUUGACUUCCCUCACAGCAACCAUGUCAAGUCAUGUUUCCACAUCAUGGACAUUUGCUCCACCCGUCCCAACACGUAUGAGAUAGCCAAUCGAGGCAAGGGGCCCUUUGUCAGACCUGGGGCUGCAAGUACUGCAGCCACAGUCAACCAUCCCUUCAGCAAAAUGACUGUUGUCCACCCUCAAGCAUUAGCACCAUCUGCACCCUCUGUGAUGCACCCUGGGAUACCAUUGCAAGCAGGAAGUGGACAGUUUGGCGGCAAUGAUUCAUUUCAGCAGGCACUCAUCUUAUGUCCCCCAACCAUUCAAGGGAUACCCACAAACACUGUGAAACCGGCUGGCUACUCUGUUCGAAUGGAGGCAUCUGUGCCUCUGGUCACUCAAGCGCCCCCAAUCCAGCCCAUCCAAAUCAGACCAGGAGUUAUCACACAGGCCUGGUCGAACCGAGCACAGCAGAUUUUGGUGCCCACAUGGCAGCAGGUGACAUCAGUGCCCCCACCCGCAACUACUUUGGCAUCUGAUGCAGUGGUGGGGCCGCCAAGAGUGGGAGACUGGGGGAAAGUGCGUCCCCAUGGUAACCAUUACAGCUCCAUGAUUGCCCACCCUCAACCAUUCUUAACCAACCAAAUUACUAUGCCCGCCCACCAGCCUAUAAACAUCGGCAUUGCACAUGUGGUGUGGCCACAACCAGCUGCCAACAAAAGAGCAAAGCCUUCUACAAACAGGGGCAGCAACUUUUCCCAAAACACAAACAUCCAAAAUCUACCAUGCCAGUCCCCAAAGAUGGCUGAUACAGCAAAGAAUGUGGAAGAAGCAGAGGAGGAGGAAGCUAGAUGCCCAGAAGAGGAGCAUGCUGUUGUACAGGAGCAAGAAACGGAGCAGGCAGAGGAGGAUGAUGAUGACAACUGCUGCAAAGUAGAGGCAGACUGCGAGGAGCAUUCAGUUUCGCAAGAGCAGCGGCACGCCAUGGUGAUCUCAGAGCUAACAAGCCCAUCUGUCAGCGUCAUCAGCAUCAGUAGUGAUGAAGAAGAGGGCGCACAAAGGCAUUCGAUGGGAGAAUGUAAAGGAAGCGCAGAUUGUGAGGCCUGUCAGAGCACAGUUAGUAUGGAGAGAGUCUGUUCUCUCAGCAGCCCUGACAGCACGCUGAGCACCAGCUCUUCAGCCUCAGUGCAGUCCAGCACGUCACCAUGCAAACAUCCAAACAGUAUGUCUGACGACGAACAGGAGAGCGACACAGUGGAUAUCUCGCCCGCCUCCAAUGGCAAUAACAACAGUCCCUUCCCAGAGCGUCGUUACAUCGCAAACAGCAAUCAGAACUGCAAGCCUCAUGUUGCAUGUGUUGCCCUGGAAACCGAGCCCAGCAAGCCGAUCGUGCGUACAGCUGCCGUACCGCCAAUGAGGCUGCAGAACAGCACUGGCAUCAGUGAAACACCUGGCAACACAGUCUUGGAGUCUUCAUUCCAGUCCAAAGGGCGAGGUGCUUCUGGGCGUCAUCAUCACCACACUACUCCUCUCCUAAACCGUUCGCAGAAGAUCACACCUUCAUUCCAGCCCCAGCAACAGCAGCCCAUAGGCUUUGGGCAGGUCCAACAUUUCACUUCCUGCCACCAGGAAUGGAACGGCAACUUUGCCCACCGCAGACCGCAGGCCUUCAUCCCCCCUACCAUUCACGGGCCCGCGUUCACCCUAUCCCACAGCAGUCCAAACCACUCUGCAGGCCCCCUCCCCCAUCUUGGGGGACACCCGCACUCCCAACCCACCUUGUUGUCCUAUCCCCCGUCUGGUCCUCUGGUCACGGCGGCCCCUGUGGCCCAUCUCUUGGCCUCCCCAGGCGCCUCACGUCCUGUCCUUCAGCCAACCUACAGUAUCUCCCACCCGGCGGGCAUCGUGCAUCAGGUCACAGUGGGCAUCAACCCCCGGCUUUUGCCCUCCCCCACUUUACAUCCACAAAGCCAAUUCAAACCCCUCUUCCCCCCACAUUCCUACAUUGCCUCGCCUGCCUACGCCGGUUUCCCACUCAGCCCUACCAAAAUAAACCAAUAUCCCUACAUCUGAGCAUGGGUGCCCAGGUACUCCUCUCACUACCCGAGGGCUAAGUGUGUGGGGCGAAUUCUGUCUUAAAUCACAAACAACAUGGUUUUUUAAUUUUGAAAAACCAUGGCACAACCACAGAGAAUGCAAGCUAUUUUUUGAAUCAUGUCAACUUGGGUGUAAUUGAACUUCAAGCUUUAAAAAAAAAAACAGAAAGAGAGAAAGAGUUUCAGAGAUGGGGAAGAUUUGGGCAAAAAAUCUGAAGGAAAUAAUGUAUGAAUGAUUGAAUGAAUGAGUAGUUAAACUCACACUUAAUGUGUUUUGCACAUUUGAUAUACCUUUGCAUUGGAUCUUCUACGAAUACUCCUCAAAACAGGUAAAUAAUUGGGGCGGUGUUGAAUAGUUUGACGUUGCACCCCCGAUCCCAGCUAUUUUUCUAUAUUGCCUUCUUACAUGUGCAAGACACAUCCACAUUUGUAAAGCCAUCCCAGUCUCUAACUCUAGAUUGCCAGAUGCACAUGUUGUCUACGGUGUAUGUUGUAUCGCGUUUGGAGUAUUUGUACUUUUUCAGUGUCUUUCGGUGUCCGCAAUGUCAAAAGUCAAUUAUGCGAUUUUAAAUAGGGUCGUUCCUCACGCUGCAUGUAGUCUUGCAUGAGCAAAAGUGUAAACUGAACGAUGCGUAGACGUUGCUCUUUUUGUUUGUGUCACAAGACUCGCUGCAUUGUAUAACUGUCCCCAGCCAUAGUGCCUUACAUAUUGUUCAUGUUACUACUUAUAUAUGACUAUAUACAUGACUAUUAAUGUACCGGACUGCAGCACUUGAAAUUCCAAUCGCUCAAUGCAUCCUAUGUGUGAGUGUGUGUGCAUAUGUGUGUGUGUGUAAAUAGUUAUAUAUAUAUAUACACACUCACGCGUGUGUGUGUGUGUGUAUGUAUAUGAUUAUAUAUAUAUAUAUAUAUGCACAUGUGUAUAUGUCCAUGCAUAGCCUGCAUGGAUGUGAUGUAUCGCAGAUAGCCGUGCUUAUGAUUUGGAGUCGGUGUAUAUUUACUUGUGUAGUGAGUUACUAUUCCUUUUCAUGCAAGAAAAACAGCAUGUUUUGCUGUUGCGAAUGGUUGCUGUUUUCAUUAAGGAGAGCUUUUGUUCUUCCCCCUUUUCUGAAUGAACCUGUGUAUAAUGUGCAAGUAUUGCUUCAACUUUGAUAAUCACUUUCUGUUUAGUGAAACACUUAUUAUUACUCACAGUAUUUGUACUGUAUGACGAAACUGCAAUACAAUCUAAAUAGUCGCCUUUUCCUCCCCACCCGUCUUCAUAUACUCAUUUCUCACUUUGUUGAUUCGAUGUUUUAGACGUGUGUGGGCAUGGCUUUGGCUAGGUAAAGAUAAAAAUCCAAAUUCAUUCACGGUAUGGCGUGUUUUCUAAACCUGAGCAAACCAUGCAGUAUUCGAUAUACACACAUAUAUGGACGUAUAUUGUAGAGCUAGAGUAUCUAGUACCAAUGCUUGAUAAGGUAUGAGUCAAUUGUGUGCAAUGCUCUCAUUUAUGCAUGUGUGACAAAGCUAACUUUUUCCCUUUACAUUUGUUAACGGCUAAAGGCUUUUCUAUGUCAACUGCUUAUUUUAAACAUUCCGUCAGGGAGGCUAUAUAUAUAUACAUACACACAUAUACGGUAGUCUUUGUGUGUAUGCAUAUGUAUAUUAUAUAUGUAUAUCUAUUGUAUAUGUAUAUAUACACGCAGUGGGAGGGAGCAGAUGGCGUUAUACAAUAUACAUAUAUAGAUAUAUAAGUAUAUAUAUCUAUAUAUGUAGAUCUGUUACCUGUGUGUUUAUCUGUUUCAUUUCUUUGUUAUUUGCGUGAAUAUUCUUGUCUUUAAUUUCAUAUGAAGUUGCUUGGCAGCACCAAAGACUGUAAUUCAUUUUCCUGAGCAAGGUAGCUACUCUUGUUUGCGUAAACCUCACUUAAUACCAUUGUCGUAGAAUGGGGUUGGAUUAAAACAAACAAAUGUAUUUAAACAAAAAAAAGAAAAAAAGCGGCAGAGGUUUUGUCUAGCUUAUUGGGCAAUUAAUAAGUCGUAUCAUUUCUUUCUUGAAUGUAUCAUAGAUAAGCUGCUAAACGAUGAUUGCCACUUCAAUAGCUGUGAAAUUAGGUGGUUUCUUUUGAGUUUGAACCUUUUUUUUUGUGUAGGUCCCUAAUUAUCUAAAAAUAGAAGUGGUUUUGAUUUUAUUUGUGUGUUCCUAUUUGGAGUGUCAUUGUAACUACUGUAUUGCUGAUAAUGAACACUAGUUGCAAUUGUUGUUUCUCGGGGUGUGCGUGUGCGUGUGUGUAUGUUUUGCAUCAGUAUUUUAUCCUUUUCGGGCUCAUCACUGCAUACAUGAUUUAUCGAUGUAUAACUUAAUUUUUGUAUGUUUUCAUAUUGAUGUUUUUGUACACAUAUAGAAAAAACUGUAGCUUGCAGGAUCAAUUUAACCAGUGCAGGAGAUGGGGAAAAAAAGUGCAUGUUAAAAUGAUCACUCACCACAAAGGAAGGCUGAUAGGAAAAUAUGUGGCCGAAAGGAAUGAUUACACUCCCUAAAAACAACUAAUUUGAACUACUAUUUAUUAUUAUUAUUAUUGGAAUGUUUUUAUCUGUUCAAUGUUAUAAGCGAUAAGAGGAAUUUUGCCUUGCGUUCUGACCGUUUGACCACCCCCCCCCUGCUUUUUUUUGAUGAUGUUUUCAUUGCAAAGCGGCUGAUGUCGCGUGGUCCUUACUGAAACUGAAGCAGUGUGAGCAGCACUGUGUAUGUGCCUUGAGAUUCAGAACAGUCCAGAUGGUCAUUGCUCAAUGCUUUAAGGAGGAAGAACGCUUGACAAUUAUAGUUUGUAUGUACACGAUAUGGACAUAAGUAUUGGGACACACUGCGUUGUAAAAAUGGAACAAACUGUGGUGUUAAUUUCACAUUUCAGCUUUAGCAGCUUCCUUAACAUCUGGUGAGACUUUCAACCAAUCCAUUUGUGAGCUCAGAGGUCACUAAUCUUGGACCUCACCCUGAGAGAAUAACCUCUUACACAGAAAUAUACAGCAUUCGUAGAAGGCGGCAUGUAUGCAGCUUCACGUUUUAUACAGAACCCACAAUCGUGUGCGCUUUCACACAGCAAUACAGCAUUUUACAUCAGAUCAUUAGGUGCAUGUCGAUAUCAGUGCCGGUGUCUGGUGCGAUGUAUGCGGGAGGAUUGAAUGUUUGUUGUCAGUGAAACAUUAACAUCUUCCUGCUUUUGCUUCGGCGCUGAUCGUAUUAGUGAUGGGAACUCUUUCUUUUGGCUCGGUUCCCUGAAUCGGGCCAGCACAGUAAGCAAAGUCUUAACAUGUGACACUUGACCCACCCUGUUGUUAUUGCAGAAUAGCGUGUUUUUGUGUUCUCCUGUUAGUCUUGCGGGAUCUGUAUAAAAGUGGCGGCUCAAGAGCGAUCCAAGAAAAAAAGAUGGCUAAAAUCGGACUUACCAACAAAGCUACCAUUCAAGUUGUUUUCGGGGGUUCUUGGACACCCAAGCAAAAACUUUGGGUCUUGUCACGAACUUGGAAGCAUAGAAUUGUCCAACUGCAAUUGAUCAGUGAUCCCAUGACUUUUGUCCAUAUAUAUGAUUUAAAGCGUCCGACCGACCAGAAAAUUAGGAAAUCCAAGAUAGGUCUUUAUCAUGUUCUCCUCUGAUCAGCUCAGUAGAAACAUUAGAAGAUCACGCAGAGUGGUGUUGUUUUUACAAAUAAUACACUUUAAUAAUAAUUCUCACAUGAUCACACAUGUUUGGAUCGUCACUCUGGCUUGAAACAGCAGAUGCAAUACUUUUGAACAUUUUUGCCGUCAUUGCACCACACAAGUGUUCUUAGAUCAUGUGUACUUUACAUGAGCUUGCAUGUGCGUCGCUUGGAGCACAUUUGAUAACACUGGCUUCAUCAACUUCUCUGCUUCAUCAACUGCUCCUGCAUGUUGGGUUUGUCUUCUUUAUGCAUUAAGGAGAUUAUUAUUGUGGUUUCUCGCUCAAGAGGCAAGGGCGCGAUAUGUUUCAACACUGAUAUGGUUGUAUGCUUUUUAAAAAAUAUACAUAUAUAUUAUAAUCAAGUAUCAUUUUGGACAAGAAAGCUUUGGACAACAAGAACACGAACUUGGCAGAUGAUAAGUGCUUGAAAUGAUUUGAAAUAAUCUGCAUGGGAAAAUGUAAUGUGUGUUGUAGUUCCUCCCAAAGUAUUCACCAGCAAUGCGACGCAAGAGGAGAUCAAAGCUUCAAGUUUUAAUUCUGCACAUCACCAAUUCCUUGCUUUAUGGACAACCACCUUUCUUUUGGAAGUUUUGUGUAACAUUUAACAGAUAAAAAGUGUUUGUAAACAUAACAUUAUAAUAAUGAUUUUGAUAUCCGGAGAAACGAGAAUCCUCUGCUGCGGUUUUAUUCUUUUAGAGCUGUUAAUUCAGGGUCUGUAUUAGUCUCAAUGUGCUACUGUGUUACCGUUUGAUUUCCAUUUAGCUUGUGUUAUCUCUUGCUGCAACUUAUGGAAUGAUCUGUCUAGAUGGCUCAUCAAAUACACUUGAUUAUGAAAUCUGAGCUAUUACUGUUUAAAAACCUGUAGUUUUUUUGUGGCUUUGUUGGGUUUCCCCCCCCCCCAUUUAUUUUAAUUAGCCUUUUUUUGUUUGUUUUUGUGCUACACUAGUUUGCCAUGUAGCAAUUGCACUGUGCAAUAUUUACAGUAUGAGGACUGGGAAACUAACUAUGGAUGUGAUGUCUAUUUACAGUUUGCGAUAGUGUUUCCUCUCUAGUUCUCAGUGAUUUAGGUGUGACCAAGCCUUCUCUACUUUGUCACAUAAGCGGGUUUUCCAGGUGACUCUUUUGGUGAGUGUCAAAGUAAGACUUUAUGGUGUAUUAUUGUUAAGAUUCACUUUGAAUUAAAAAAAUCUAUUGAUGCAAA